GAAUAGUCUUGUAAAUCGGCUGGAAGUCUAACUGACAAACGAAUUUAGUAGAUUACUGUGUGUAUAGCUUCAAAACCUUUGUGAAUGCGAAGCUUCUGGAUAAACGGAAUAAGAUUAAAUCUAUCAGAAGUUAGAGAUAAACGUUUCACAGGUCGGGCAGUGAACUGGAGGACAGCUGAUAACGAUGUCCCAGUCAGUGUGCGAGUAGAACAAGUGAAGUUCGGAAUGGUCUCAGGCUGCUCGCAAGAACGAAGGCGAGGUUGAGCAGUUUGUAAGGGUGUGAGUAGCGUAAUGCAGCGGGGAGUCACCAUGAGGUUCUUCCUCCUACUGGCUGUUGGAUUCAUCGAUCUUAGGACCAAGGCAGACAAUUUCAGAACUUGCCAGCCGGGGGAUUUUCACUAUGAGUUUACGGAGUGUGAUGAGAAGGGAGGCCGAUGGAGGGUGAGCGUUCCCAAGCCUGGGGUGUGUGAAGGUGGUGCUCCUAAUCCUCCAACUCGCACCGAAGAUUGCAGUAUUUCUUGUGACCCUGGUUGGUUCCUCGACCUCAGCAAGCUAGAAUGUUCACUCUGCCCAAACAGCACCUACUCUCUUGGAGGUGGUGUCUACUUUGACAACUGGACAAAGCUCCCAAGUGGCUUCAGCUCUUACACUGAGGCUCUUAGAUCAGCCUUUUCUGCUGGGAGGCGGCGAGGUGAUGUGGACUGUGGAGCUUAUGGUUGGCAGCCACGUGGUGAUGUUCUUGCAAGCAGAGGUGGUCAGUGUGCUGCAGUUCUUGUCUACACAGUUAAGCUGGUGAAGCCAGGAGCUGUCAAAUAUACCUACCAGUUCACAGAUGACAACAUCAUAUUUGAAUUUCAGGCCCAAGAUAAAGAAUGCCAAAGCAUUGAUGAUGGUGAUGACUACAAAUGGCCCCCAAUCACCAGGGAAGGACAAUGGCAAACACGUACAGUCAAGCUCAAGCCUGGCCUCAAUGUACUGCACUGGAAAACCAUUGGUAUAGAAGCUGGUGGCUCUUCUAGACCUGUGAUGAUCAAGAGUAUUCAAAUAAGUGGUGUUGCACAUUCAUCUGAAUGCACAGAAUGUCCUGCUGGAACAUACAGUGAGCCAGGUGCCUCAGAAUGCAAGGAAUGUGAGGAUAACACAUAUGCUCCACGAGGAUCAUCAAAGUGCCUACCAUGUGACCCUGUGACUGAAUAUGCACCAAAAGGUUCAGCUGAGUGCCUCCCCCGACCACCAUGUACUUCACGAGACUAUUAUGAGAUAGACUCACCUUGUGAUGACAAGAACCAGACACGUGCUGUUUAUAAAUGGGUUGAGCCUCGUGUAUGCCGGAUAAAGAUGGAAGGCUCAGUAAGAUUACCACCAUCAGGGGAAAUUAAGAUGUGCCCUCCAUGCAAUCCAGGAAUGCACUAUACUGCUGGGCAAGGUUGUGUAUUUUGUCCACCUGGUGAACACAGUGAUGGAUUGUCUCCCUGCAAGCCUUGCCCACCAAGUACUGCCCCAAAUUAUGGCUACCAGUACCAGUGGUGGACAGCAAUGCCACCAAGGAUGGCUGCUACUUGCAUGUCUUCUGAUGAUAUUGGAUGCAACAACUCUGAAGGCUGGCAGGUUGCUGGUGACCAUAUUCAUUCUGGUCGAGGACAUGCUGAUGAUGCUUACCUUGUUCUUAGUCUCAAAGUUGGUGGAUUUCGAGGACGUGAAAUGGGUGGAAGACCAAUGGAGGUGGGACGAAUAUCUUUCACUUUUGAGCUGUCAUGUGCUUCUGACUGUGAAUUUGUCUUCAUGGAGGCAUCAACCAAGAAGGGAGUAAUAGUGCUGAAGAGAUGGACGGGGCCUCAGCCACGAAUGUACUAUAAUUACAUUGUUACUCGUAAUGACUCCUACACCUUUUCAUGGGCAUUCCAAAAGGUGUCAUGGGAAAAGAGCUAUCUGAAGUCCAGCACAUUACGCAUGUAUGAAACUGACAUGGCCAAAGUGUUCAACAUUAAUGUCACCAACACCAUUGAUGGAGGAGCUUCAUCCUGCCUGCCAUGUCCACAAGUCAGUGUCUUAGCUGCAGAUCUUAACUAUGAAACCUCAGAAGCAGCAGGCUGUAUCCCAUGCCCUGCUGGGCAGUAUAUAGAGAACAGCACAACAGAAUGCACUCCUUGUCCAGCCAAUACUGUUGUGACAGACCCCCUUCCUUAUGGCCCUCAAUCAUGUUUGCCAUGUGGUGUUGGCCUCACAGCUCCAGACCACCUUACUUGCAUAGUUCAGUGCCGGCUUACUGUCGAUAACUACACUUACGACCUUACUAACAUCAGCAGUGCACGGGCAGUGAUGGGCAGUACGCUUUUUACAUCCUCAGGGACUAAGUUCUACCACAUGUUUAAUAUUUCUCUUUGUGGAAAUACCAGUGUAGUAUGUACAAAUAAUGUCACAUACAACAUGGAGGGUGAAGUUUCAACAGUAGCGUCACGUGUUUGCCGGUCCACCAUAGUGCCAGGAGUGGAAGGAAUGUCUGGUCUUUUUAGAGUUGGAGCUAUUGCAACGCAGUCAGUUUCUCUUGGAGAUCACCUCGUUGGAGUCACAACCAACCCAUCAUACUUGAACAUAAGUGUGAUCAAAGAAUUUGUUCAACCAAAUCGUACAAACAGAAAGGAUUUGCAUUUUUAUUACUCAACACCAUUGUCUACUCGAGCAUGUCCUGAUGGCAGGAGCACAACAAUAACUCUUCGAUGUGAUCCAGAUCAGCCUGGAUAUGGGAAGGUGACUUUGCCACAGCAGUGUCCAGAUGGCACCUGUGAUGGAUGUAACUUCCACUUCUUGUGGUCAUCAGCGUUUGGCUGCCCUGAGUGCUCUAAGAGUGAACUGAUUGUUGUUCGUGGAGAGUGUAAGGACGGAAAGCAACCUGUUCAUUACAUCACUCCAAAGACAUGCAUUGCUCCUGAUAAUCUCCCUCAAGGGCGCACAGUUGCAUGUUCCACAAGGCUGCCUUUCAUUGUGGAAGUUAUUGUCCUGAGUACAGUAAGUAUGGCUCUGAUGUUGUGCCUGCUCCUCUUCUGCCUCUGGAAGAAGAAUCAACGUCUUGAAUACAAGUACAUGAAGCUGGUUGCUAGUGCUUCUUCAAAGGAUGGUAUGAUGGAACUCCCUCCAGCUGAAUCUUGUGCUCUGGAUGAUGGUGAAGAAGAGGAAGUUCAGUUUACCCAGAAUGCCCCGCGGGGAAUUCUUAGCAAACUAAAACACAAUAAGGUUGCACCUAGAGAAGGUCGUGGAUUGCUUGUAGAUUCUUUGAAAAUAUCAUCUAAAGACCCACUGACAUAAAACUUUAAAGAGUACAGAACCUUCAGUAAAACUAAAUCAAUGUAUCACUUAUGGACAAUCAAAUGUCUGAGUGAAAUGUUCUGAUGAACUAACCAGCAGGUCCUAUUAAAACUUGAAUUAUCCUGAUUAGCCUGAGAACUAGUGUACGAGUGAAGAAAACUGCACACAGUCUAAGAUUGUACAUGAUGUUUUUAGGAUCUACCUGAGAAUACUAGUCAGAUGUCUCAAGAUGACACAUGUGCUCCCUUAAUUUUACUGCAUUGGGAAUGUCACUAAAUUGAUGAUGAAAGUGAUAAAUGUCCCCUGUAUGAUUAAUUUCUUUCUUAAACUGUAAAUUAUUUAUGCAAAUGAUUGUCAACAGUAAAAUGAGGAAGUAUGAAUAGAAAUUUUAUUAAGGAUUAAAAUGAAGUCAGGUUCUUGUGAGAAAAGUCAUCAUGUUGAUUGGCACAUAGAAGAUUUUAAAUGCACCAGUUCCAUAUGAUAUGAUACACAUGGAGGAAACUAUGGUAAUGACAAAAAUAUUUCUUCUGAAUUUUAGUACAGAUUUUAACAAUAAGAAAAAUGUGCCAAUAAUAGAAAAAAACAAAAAAAACUGAAAUAUGAUUAAACUACUUGUGAAUAACACAGUGGCAGUGUAGUGCAAUGGAGCAAGUUAAAUUAUGUUGACUCCUCACAUUGAUGGUGAUUUGAGUGUGAAGGUCAUGAAGUAGGAAAUUUUCCUCUUUUUCUUUAAAGAGGUCUUAAAUUUGUCUCAUGGUAAAUGGCUCUCUUCCCAUAUUUUAUGUGUGUAUAUACAUUCUGUCUUCUUUUAUGUGACAGUAUUCCUUGUAUUGGGUUAGUCCUUCCAAUUUUCCUGAAAAAUGGGUGUUUAUUUUUUUUAUUUAAUAUAUCUAGUAAUCUUAAUUAAUAAAGGGAUUAUGUGGAAACCUAAUUGAUGUUGACCAAGAAGGCAUUACUUAGUUUUUAUCAUAUUAUUUUUUUCUGUGUUCAACAUAUUACCUGUGUACAGUAAUAUAAUGGUACUUAAGACAAAUAUCAAACUGAUGAGUCUAUAUCUUUGAAGGAAAUGUGAAUUUGUUUAUGAAAUGACUUCAAGUAUAUUGUGGAAUAUCAUUACUUGGUAAAAGGCUGUGUUAUAAUUUUAUAGUAAUCUUAUGUAAUGAUAUAUUCUACUCUGAGAUUGCUCCAAGUAUCAUCUUCCAAAAUAUAAUAAAUCUCAUAGUAUAAGGGAACUGUAGUUCUAGUAUGGUAAAAUUAUAUAUAUAUAUAUAUAUAUAUAUAUAUAUAUAUAUAUAUAUAUAUGUAUAUGUAUAUGUAUAUGUAUGUAUAUAUAUAUAUAUAUAUAUAUAUAUAUAUAUAUAUAUAUAUAUGGGGUAAAAUUAGCAGUGCAAACUAUGUUUUGUUUGCAACUGAUAUAUGCAUGUGGAAUAAAUUUUUUGUAUCUUUUAUGAGAUUUUUUUGAAAAUCAGGUCUGGAAGUGUAUUUUCUGGAAUUGGAGGAGAGUAUAUUAGCCUCUGUCUAUCAUUAAGAUUAGCACAGCUGAAUGUUUGAAAGAAUGUGUUAUUAAAGUCACAAUAUAUGCUGAGUAAAUUGUGUGCAAAUAUUUAAUCUCCCAAGUGUGACGUGUAUGCUUCUGUGGCAAAAGAGUGCUGUUGCUUUAAAGACUAUACCAAGGUGAAAUGAGUUCAUAAUGACAAGGUGUGAGUAAGGUACAGGUGAGAAUAAUGAGUUUCACUAAUUGAGAUGUAUUGAUCCAACGUUUUGACAAUAAUAGAGGAAGUCACUUUGGUCCAAAUAUUGAAUCGGUACACCUUUCUCAGGGAAAUAAUUCUCAUUCAGACCUUAUAGGUAGAACUCUGGCUUUUUAUCUGACUUUGUUUAUUGAAGUCUUUGCACAAUGGAAUCCAAUGCUACAACUCUUGAGCUUUCAAACCUUUCUAAUGGUAAUGCAGAAAAAAAACUUUGGUGUAGUAUUCUAUCCCUUUAUUCAUACUUGACUUUGGUUUUAGAGUUAUGAAUUAGACCAGUUUUUCCAUGGAAUAUCCAUAAUCACAGUGUCAUAUAUAACCACUUUGAUUGAGAAUGGUAUAUAUAUUUGUUCAUUGAUUUUCCUUGUGAAUCAUAUUUAUGAAGAAAAGUAUAUAAAAGUCCAAAGCAUCA